AUGACGACCUUAGACCGUAUCCUGGUGCGGCACAGCCCGCAGACAGACGUGCAUCACGUGGUGGUGGAGGCGGGGAUGUUAGCGGAGGACUUCGCCCGUGAGCUCCAGCACGUGUACGGUCUGGCCGUGCCUGCUUACGGCAACUUCGCCGGGCACACGCUGGGCGGGCUGGUCAGCACUGGCGGACAUGGCUCCGGAUAUGCCAACAAGAUCUUGGUAUGCCAAGUUCAAGUUCAUAUUCAAAUUGUCACAAUGCUGUUGUUUCCCCAGGCGGACUCUGUAGUGGAGUUACACAUGAUAAUCGAGGGCGGGAUCCAGGUGAAGAUUCGCCGGUCCAACAUCGCCAGUCAGGAGAUCGACGUUCCGUUCGACGACGUGCGCGACAAAAUCCGGACUGCGAACGUCCGGAGCGACCCGAUCGUCAUCCUCAGUACGGAGGUGUUCCGGGCCGCCGCCCUGGGGCUGGGGUCACUCGGGGUCAUCUACUCCCUAACCAUCCGGUGCGAGCCUACGUUCAACAUCGAAGAGUUCCGCACGCCUGUGGAGAUCUCGUGGCCGGGCGAGCGUCUGUCGGGCUGCUUCGCGUUCCCCUCCGGGUUCGUGGACAUGUACACGCUGGACCACGAGUUCAGCACGUUCGUCCUGCACCCGAUCCCUGACCCGUCGCGCGGCCAGGUCGAGCCAGGGUACGCCGUCAUCCACGGGGUCUACUUCGGCGGGAAGAGGACUGGAGACCCGCCGGCCAGGCACAACUGCUGCCCGUGCUGCCCCGGGAGCAGAGGACUGCUUGGCUGCCGCAUCUUACAGAACGACUGCAUGGCCACCGCCCUGCUGUGUGGAACCUCCUGCUGUGCGCGUCAGGUUCCCAUGGUUACCAAAAACGGCCUCCGGAUGCUGUCCCACCGUAGCAGCUACGUGCAUCAGUGGCAUAAAGUCUUACAGCUCGCCCCGGAUGUCAAUGUGGUCACCAUGGAAUGGUUCGUGGCCCUGGACGAACUCGAGGCGGCGGUUGCUGACGUCAUCAGCAUGGCGGUGACGUACGGGACCAAGUGUCAGCACUUCUCCCUGCUGCCCAUUGCAUGCCGGGUACUGGAGGCAGACGACUUUUACCUCAGCCCGACCUGCCAGAGUCGUGUGGCGGAGGAGUCCGUUAGUCACUACGGCUGCAUCGAGGUGCCGUUCCUUCCAGGCGAGUACGGGGCGGCUCAGUUUCACAAGGUCAUCGACGAGCUCCUUCUGGAAAAGUACCAGGCGCGGCCGCAGUGGGGCGCUUCUCACCUGCUCACCCAACCACGUGUGCGCAAGAGCUACCCUGAGCUGGACAAGUGGCUGCAGGUGUACCGCCUCUUCAACAAGAACGGCACGUUUGGGAACGCGUUCACGGAGAGGUGCGGCUUCGACGACCCGGACGCGAGGAAGAGCAAGACCCAGUCCAUCUCGCGGACGAGGUCAUUCCGGAGAAACAGACGGGGCUUCGUGGACCAGCGGCCGGAUUCCAGCAUUUUCGCUACGAUAGACGAAGUGGACGACCCUAUCAUCAUGUCUGAGUCGUCCGUGUAGGCGCUGCAAAUCUCCGUCUCGUAAACGGUCGUCGCCUUUCAGAACGGUCGUCGCCUUUCGAUGCCAUAUCGCUGACUGGUCGAUGCCAUAUCUCAGUGUAUCAUGGCAUAACUUUUGUUGAGGUCCAAAAACGUACAAAACGUAAUACAUACUAUAAAAUGCAACAUUCUAAAUGCAAAUGUAAGGGAGGAUCAUAAAAAAAUGUAUUAGUGAAAAUAUUUCGGAUUCAAACUCGGGUCAAAAAGCGUAGAUCUAAAACCCUAACAUGCACGGUGUGAAUGGACCGUGCUGAUACACUUCAGCCGUUCUGCAAUAUGGCAUCGACCGUUUCAAAAGGCGACAAUCUUUUAUAAUUACGAGACGGAAAUCAGUGUAAUCAUUACAGAACUGCUUGCUUCUCCGGAAUGUCUCGUCUCUCUCUUCUCUUGAUAUCUCUUGAUGUUGUAUGCUGUACGGUAUUCAAAGCAAAGUAAGAGAGAUAUAGAGCCCUGUUUAUUACCGAUCCGCGUUAUAACGUUAACAUCUUUUUAAAAAAUCGCCAGGGAGAAUUUCACAUUCUACAUUAGACUUCCUCUUUUGAA